AAUUUUUUAGCAUUUUGUCUCUCUGUUGUAUCAACAGCAUCUGCAUUCAGGAUUGUGUUGUUGGGGAAAAGUGAAGACAAAAAGACAAAACUGGGUAACCUCAUCAUCGGUCACCAAGGUUUCCAUUACCAAAUACCGGUACUUUCUCCAACCAGGCACUGUGUGGCCAUGUGUGGAGACUGGGAAGGAAAAUCAUUAACAGUAGUGAAAACUCCAGACGUCUUCAGUCUGUCUGUGGAAACAGUGAGAGAAGCGAUGAAUAGAUGUGUGGAUCUCUGUUUUCCUGGACCAAAUGUUCUGCUGCUGUUAGUGAAACCUUCAGAUUUCACUGAAGAAAACAGAAAAACUCUGAAGUUCAUCCUGAGUCUGUUUGGUGAAGACGCCUUCAAACACUCCAUGGUCAUCAUAACACAUGAGAAUGAAAAAAUGAAUCUCCCUGUUAAUGAACUCCUGACAGACUGUGGAGGAAGACACUACAACAUGUCAGAAGAUAACUAUGGAACAUUGAUGAGGAAGAUCAACAACACUGUGCAUGAAAGCAAAGGAACCUUCCUCACUUUGACUGAAGAGACAAGAAGACCAAAAUCUGAACCCAUCAGACCUCCUCUGAACCUGGUCCUGUGUGGUAGAAGAGGAGCUGAGAAGACUUCAGCAGUCAACGCUAUUCUGGGACAAAGAAAGUUUGGUGGACCUGAAGACUCAUCAGAGUGUGUUAAAACCCAGGGAGAGGUGUGUGGACGUCGGGUUUCCCUGCUGGAGCUGCCUGCCUUGUAUGGAAAACCUCAGGAGGCAGUGAUGGAGGAAUCAUUCAGGUGUAUCUCCCUCUGUGAUCCUGAGGGCGUCCAUGCCUUCAUCCUGGUCCUACCUGUGGGUCCCCUCACUGAUGAAGACAAGGGAGAGUUAAAGACCAUCCAGAACACAUUCAGCUCUAAAGUCACAGACUUCACCCUGAUUCUGUUCACUGUGGAGUCAGAUCCUACAGCUCCAGCUGUUGUUAACUUUAUCAGACAGAACAGUGACAUCCAGGAGCUCUGUCAGAGCUGUGGAGGAAGAUGCAUCAUUUUCAACAUGAAGGACAAGCAGCAGAUCCCAGAGCUGCUGGAUCAAGUGGACAAGAUGAGACCGUCAGAUCAGAAACCUCACAGCUACACAACAGGAACGUUUGCUCAUGGCCAAAGGGAAAAGAUUCUACAGCUAGAAGCAGUCAUCACCAACCAACAGGCUGAAAUCAAGAAACUGAAAAAAUCUGAUGUGGUCAAAGGUCAGUAUUCACUGUUUUUAUUUUUUGUUGUACUUGAUUCUCCUAAACCCUGUUCUGAUGAAGAGCAGCAGAGCUCAGAGAGUCUCAGGAUUGUUCUGAUCGGGAAGACUGGCAGUGGAAAGAGUUCUUCAGGAAACACCAUUCUGGGGAGAAAAGAGUUCACAGCCAAAUCCAGUCAAACUUCAGUCACCAAACUUUGUCAGAAGUCAGUGGGUGAAGUGGACGGACGUCCUGUUGUCGUGGUCGAUACUCCUGGACUGUUUGACACAGAGUUGUCUAAUGAAGAAGUAAAUGAAGAGAUGGUGAAAUGCAUCAGUCUUCUGUCUCCAGGACCACAUGUCUUCCUGCUGGUGUUACAGAUCGGCAGAUUCACACCAGAGGAGAAGGAGGCACUGAAACUCAUCAAAGAAGGUUUUGGGAAGAAUUCAGAAAAGUUCACCAUCAUUCUUUUCACAAAAGGAGAUUCACUGCAGGAAGAUGAGCAGUCCAUUGAAGAAUACCUUGAAGAAGAAUGUGACGAUUCUUUCAAGAAGCUGAUCUCUGACUGUGGAGGAAGAUACCACGUGUUUAAUAACCGCAUUAAACAAAACCGAACACAAGUCAGUGAACUGAUAACAAAGAUCGACUCCAUGGUGAAGAAAAAUGGAGGAAGCUGCUUCACCAACGAGAUGCUGCAAGAAGCUGAAGCUGCGAUACAGAAAGAAAUGAAGAAAAUCUUAAAAGAGAAGGAAGAAGAGAUGAAGAGAAAGAUGGAGGAGCUGGAAAGAAAACAUGAGGAAGAAAAGGAAGAAAUGAAAAGAAGAAUAGAAGAACAGAUAACAGAAAUUGAAGAGGAGAGAAAUGUGAGAGAAAAGCAACUCAAGGAAAAGGAAGAAAAUAUCAAGAAAGAGCGUGAUGAGAGAAAGAAAGAACAAGAGAAAAGACAAGAAGACGACAGGAUGAGGAAAAGACAGGACGAAGUUCAACGACAAGAGUGGCAACAGAAACUUGAAGAUUUAGAGAAAAUGAUCAAAUCAGAAUCUAAAGAAAAAGAAAGCAUUGAUAAGGAGCUGGUGGAGAGUAGAGAGGAAAUGAGAACGGAGCGAGAGGCCUGGGAGAAGGAAAGGAAAGAAUGGUGGGACAAAAGAUAUCAAGAUGCUCAGCUGAGCAGAGAGAGGGAGAAAACAAAACUCAAAAAGCUCCAAGAAGAAUAUGAGCAGGAAAAAGAAGAAAAUGAGCACAAAAGAAAAGAAGAAGACCAAAACAGAAGAGAACAAGAGGAGAGAGAGAGGAAAGAAUUCGAGGAAGGUUACAAGAAAAACAUGGAGGAGAUGAAGAAGAAAUAUGAAGAAGAAGCAAGAAAACAAGCCGAAGAGUUCAAUGAGUUCAAAGAGAAAUACAGCAAAGACUUUGAAGCUCUGAUAGAAAAACAUAAAGAGGAACUGAAGGAUCUGAGCAAAAAGCAUGUAGCAGAAAUACAACAGAAACAAGGAGACUACAAUCUGUUAGAGGACCUGGCAAGCCACAAAGAAAAGGAACUCAAAAAAGAAAUAGAGAGAAAAGAGAAUGAAAAAGAAGACGUAGUUAAAGAAAAAACAAACUUAGAAGAUGAAAUGAAGAAGAAAGAAAAACAACUUAAAGAACUGAAGGACUUGAAGAAAAAGCAAGAACAAGAAAUAAAGGAUUGGAAGAAGAAAAAUGACAAGAAAUGUACGAUCUGCUGAUGAUCCUUCCACUGCUGGAGCUCUCAGUUUCCUUCAGUCAUCGUUCAAUGUGAUGCUACAGAUGUCAUCACUGAACUCCACCAUGUUCUCCUUCAUGGUCUCCUUCAGUGUCUGUUGACCUGUGGUCAGUGAUUUAUAUCAGGACCAGGAUUUUGGUUUUUAUUGGAGCAGCUCGGUGCUGUCGGAGUUCAAAUUAUUUUUGCGCUGGUUUUUGGAUACAGGCAAGUUUUUGUUUGAGGAAAUUCUGCAGUUCUAGUAAUGUUUCCUUAGGUUCUUACAAUGUUCUUCUUCAAUGCACAACAUUCUCCAAAGAUGUUCUAACAAUGUUUUUGAGAACACUGUUUUUGCUCCAAUGUUCUUCCAAUGUUUUCCAAAUGUUGUAUUCAGAACAUCCUUCUUUUGUUUCAUGGAACACUGUAGGAAUGUUUAUAGAACAGUGUUUCCUCAACAACAUUCCUGAAACAUCCUCAGAAUACUGGAUCUGUGGUCAUUUGCUUAGAAUUCAUUUAUAUUGCUACAGGAACGUUUGAUAAAAUGAUCCCAGGACUCAACAUCUGGCAGACAUUGUUUAAUGUUGUUUUCAGAACGUUCUUCUUUUGUUAUUGUAGAUCUUUAUGUUGUAAUUCACAUUUUUUGAAAUGACAAAUCUCCGUAAAGUUUUCUUUGAACAUUAGAGCUUUCAGUUGAUGUUAGCUGAUAUUUUACCAAUAUUCCCUGCUAGCUGGGUGUGGUUUUCAUUUAUACAUUAGCAGUUUUUAUAUGAAUAGUGUGAAAAUAAUAUUUGGUUAUCACUGAUUUAUCCGCAUAUUGAGCACAGACUUUUAAACACCUAAUUAUCGAUUGUCAGAUCACGACUACAGGAGGUCCUCGGUUUACGACGUCCUUCACCUACAGCAUUUCAUUGUUAUGUGGAACUAGUUGGUGAGCAGAGCAGAGAAAUAUAUCGUCACAUGGUGCUAUCAGACAGCUUUGUUUACAUUCUCCGGUUGUACGCCACCUUGGAUUGUGCUACAUUCACUAACUUUUUGUCCUUCAUUAUGGCUCCCAGCGUAAGUCAGACUCUUCUGAUGCUUCAAGGAAAAGGAAAACCAUCUCUAUGGAAGUGAAAUUAGAUAGAAUAAAACGCUCAGAAAAGGGCGAAACACCAACGAAUAUCAGCAUUAUUAGAUCAAGUUGUAAAAACGGUGCCACAUAUUCUGUUAUCUUCUUGUGAAAUUAUUCAUACAUGCAUUAAAGUCGUUGGUAUUCAUGACUUUUCCAAAGAACUGAUCAAUAAUAUGAUGCACGUAACGCCGCAGUUCUGACUUAAAGAGAAAAUCUACUUACAUCGAUCCGUAGGAACAGAACUCUGAUGUAAAACGAGGACCCCCUGUAGAUUUUGUGUAACUUGUUUAUAACCAUGUUUGUCCAAUCAGCAUUGAACUUAUUCAACAACAACCUUUCAUUUUUCAGACACUGAUUCUUUGCAUGUGGUAUACAUAUAUUUUCUUAUGGUUGUAGGUUUUAUUUGUUCUACAUUUAAAAAUGUUGUCAGUUACUAUGGUUCCAGGACUCCUUUGAAUCCAUAGAAAACAAAGUAUAAAAUCCUGUAAUUCUCAGUAAUGUGUAAUCUGAAAUGAAAGGGUGAAAACGUAACUCAUGUAUGAUCUAAAAUUAAAGGGUGAAAACGGC